AUGGCUAUCUCUUUGUCGUAUUUCCCCAUUGUAUCAGUGCUGCUUCUCCUGUUCGCCGCAAUCGUAGAAGCAGCAAAUGGUACCGUGGUCUACGACUUCAACAUCACCUGGGUCACUUCGAACCCAGAUGGUGCUUUCGACAGAACAACCAUUGGAAUCAAUGGAGCAUGGCCACUUCCUAUUAUGAGAGCCACUGUUGGCGAUCAAGUCAUCGUCAACGUCAACAACCAGCUGGGCAACCAAACGACGACGCUUCAUUUCCAUGGACUGUUCAUGAAUGGUACCACUGAAAUGGAUGGACCUGCACAAGUAUCCCAGUGCGGUAUUCCACCUGGAUCUUCGUUCACAUACAACUUCACGGUCAACCAACCUGGAACCUACUGGUAUCAUUCCCAUGACAAGGGACAAUACCCUGACGGUCUUCGCGCACCUCUCAUUAUCACUGAUCCCGAUUCUCCAUACGCAGACCAGGUCGAUGAAGAGAUCGUUGUUUCUCUCUCUGAUUGGUACCAUGACCAAAUGGCAGUCUGGAUCCCCAAGUUCAUCAACAAGGCCAACCCGACUGGUGCCGAGCCUGUCCCGCAAGCAGCUCUCAUGAAUGAUACCCAAAACCUGACUGUUCCUGUUCAGCCAGGCAAGACUUAUAUGUUUAGAGUGGUCAACAUUGGUGCAUUCGCUGGCCAAUACCUUUGGAUUGAAGGUCACAACAUGACUAUUGUUGAGGUUGAUGGUGUCUACACUGACCCUGCUGAGGCCGAGAUGAUCUACCUUGGUGCUGCACAGCGCUACAGCUUCUUGGUCACCACCAGAAACGAAAGUUCCAUGAACUAUGCUAUUGUCAGCAGCAUGGAUACUUCCCUCUUCGACACUAUCCCUGAUGGCUUGAAUUGGAACGUCACUGGCUGGCUCGUCUACGAUGAGUCCAACGAUCUCCCGACCCCAGCGUUGGUCGAAGAUUUCAACGAUUUCGAUGACUUCUUCCUGACUCCAUACGAUAAGAUGGCUCUUCUAGCAGAACCUGAUCAGACUAUCUCCUUGGAUGUCAUUAUGGAUAAUCUUGGCAAUGGAAAGCCAUACGCCUUCUUCGAUAACAUCACCUACGUGUCGCAAAAAGUCCCCACACUAUACACGGUGAUGUCUACUGGUGAGAAUGCUACGAAUCCUGCAGUCUAUGGCGAGUUCUCUCAUCCGUUUGUGCUCGCCCACAACCAAGUUGUUGAGCUCGUCGUCAACAAUCUAGAUACUGGAAAGCAUCCAUUCCAUCUCCACGGCCAUAAUUUCCAAGCUAUUGCUCGUUCAGUCGAAGAUGCGGGCACUUUUGACGCCACCAACGCCACCCAAACAGACUAUCCUGCCACUCCUAUGAGAAGAGAUACAUUUGUCUUGAGGCCGUCUGGUUAUAUCGUCCUCCGCUUCCAAGCCGAUAAUCCUGGCGUUUGGCUCUUCCAUUGCCACAUCGAAUGGCACGUUGAUCAAGGUUUGAUGGUCACAAUGGUUGAGGCUCCUCUACAGCUCCAGCAGUCCUUGACUAUCCCUCAAGAUCACAUUGACGCUUGCCAAGUAGGCGGUGUUCCUUACCUGGGCAAUGCUGCUGGUAAUACCGUCGAUGUCUUGGACUUGACUGGUGCCAAUGUUGCACCUGGACCCCUCCCUGCCGGCUUUAUUCCUCGUGGCAUUGUCGCUCUUACGUUCAGUGUUCUCGCAGCACUUCUUGGGCUUGCGACCAUUGUCUGGUACGGUUUGGCAGAUAUGGGUGCUGCCACUAUGGUUGCCGAGGAGAAGCGAAUUGCCGCAAUGAACAAUGAGACGACGCCAGUGAGCCGUGGCUCUGUUGUCUCUGAGACUGUGGAGUCUCGGAAUAGAUGA